GCCCCUCCCUCCCGGCAGCCCCAGCCCCGGCGAGCACCCAGCUAGCCGCCUCCUGCAGGGGCUCGGGAGAGCAAUUCGGCGGCCCCUGCAGGGCAGCUGAAGCCAUGGAAGCCUCCGCAGGUCGCUGAUCAGGGCCAGGCGGCUGCAGCAGCGACUGCAGAGGCGCUGCGCCAAGCCGGGCCGGAGUGGUGCGAGCCGGCGGGCCUGCGGAGGGCCAGUGGACUCAGGCUCCCUAGUUUCCGAGCAGCCAGCUGUCACUCACUGCCUAUGUCCAGCCUUCUCCUUCCCUCCCAUUUUCUGCUGCCACCUGGUGAACUCCUAUUCAUCCCUCAAGACCCAGUGCAAAUUUCUUGUGUAGAGAAGCGUUCCUGGAUCCUCCUGAAGACACUAUUUUGCCUUGAAUGUGUUUCUAUUUUGAAGCUCACUUCAUGUUACUUCCAAAAUACUGGCUGCUCCCAUGUUUUAGUGUUUAUUGUGUGAUAGGCACUGACCCAAGCCCCAUACUCACAUUAUUUUAUGUUAUUCUCACAGUAACCAUAUGAGGUGCAUUCAUUAGAGCCCCAGUUAUUACAGAUAUGGGCAGUGAGGCUCAGAGAAGUGGGUGACUUACCCAAGGCAUGCAGCUGAAGAGUGCCAGAGCUGGCAUUUGAGCCCAGAUCAGUUCAUAUCGACUUCUGCAGUCAUUAGUCUCAUGCUCCCUGGACCCCCAUUGUCGGGGGGGUUAGGAAGUGUUGAGCAUUUGAGGGAGCAGUCAAAGGAGUGGAUGCAGCAGGGUUGCUAUGGAGUGGACAAGAUGGGGAAGUGGAGGGAAGUUCAGUGAGGGCAGGGGCUGGGUUUACUCUGGGGUUAAAGUGAUGAGAGACUAUCAGCCCAGCUUCCCACAGUUAAGGGUUUUCUUUCUACCUUCCUUUCCAAGUGGCAGCCUCUGGCCACCUGGGGAGAGGCCUGCGGGACUCCAGGCUAAGCAGCUGGCAUGGUGACAAACACCAUGGCAACCUGCCUCCUUGCUAGGGCCUAGAAGGGAGGGAGGACCUGAGGGAGCACAGGAUGCACACUGAGUUUUCUGAGUAGGAUCCUGAGAGGUGGCUCCCUUUGGGCCUGGGUGGCUUCUGCCCUCCCAUGAGGGACCCUGCCUGCAAGGUCCCAUCCCAGCAGGGGAAAUGCCUCUUCCACCUUUCUCCCUAAUGAAUACCUGGCUCUGGGUGCCCAGGAGACUGUUAGCUAUACCCAGGUACAAAUGCCACCCCCUUCCCUCCCCCAGGCCAGGGAGGAAGGAAGAGGGAACUCAAGAGGAGGCAGGUGUGGGGUUGCCAAGCAAGAUAGUGGCAGGGACAGCUGGGACAAGGCCCUCAUUGUAGCAAGGCCACACGCAGCUCCAAGACAAACCAGGCAUUUUGCCUGCCUCCCAGGACUGGGCCUAGCACUCUGCCUGGACUUUCCUGGCUCCUUAGAACACUCACUCACACUGGCUUGGAAGAGCCCAUCCUCAGAUCUGAGUCCUGCCUCUGCUGGAAAGUCCUCCUGAAGGCUCAGCCUCCUUUUCGCAUCCUCCCAAAAGCCAGAAGGGCAGGGAUGAUGGUGGGAAAGUUGUUGGUGAAGCCAGGCCGACCUGGGCCAGAAGCCAGAGCAUGUCACACCUGCAGCUGUGUGACCUUGGGCCCAAAUGCAGGAACAAAGCCGGCCUUGAAGGAUUGCUGCUUCACGUAAUGGGCCACGGCAGACGAGAGCACUCAGCAUGGCCACCUCACCACUGAAGAUUCAGGCAAUGGCAGGUGAUCCUUGGAGCCUUUGCCCAUGUGCCCCUCUGCACCCUAAGCUGUUCCUGGUCAAGAUCCUCCCGUGCCCAGGAGGCAGUGAGCCAUGUACGGCCAUCCUCACAAGCAUGGAGGAGCACUGAUGUCCUCUUACCCCCAGAUCACCCCUCCUCCAUGGUUCCUGCUCUAGGGGCCAGCCCUACAGUUCCAGGAGGCCCUGCCUGGGUGACUGGGGCAUGAUGAGUGGAAAGCAUUGCCAAGCUGGGGCAAGCAGCUCAGGUGACAGGUGUGGUGUCGGCAGGUCCUGCAGCCCAGCACCCGACACCUCCAGGCAGACAAUGCUGGCUGUGUCCAGACCCUCCAGGGGAACAGGCCGUGUUCUAUGUCCCCGCCAGGAAACAGGCCAUCUGAGUAGUGCCUUUGUCCACUCAGGAGGCAGCCCCGCCGCUGGCUGGGAUGACCAGGCUCCGGGGAGGCCCUGACGUGGGAAGGGGGUGGUCCCCGGGCCAGAGACUCUGGGGUUUGAGAUCCAGCCCCUCAGCAUCUGAUGUUGACCUGGUUUCGAUAUUGGCUCUGCCACACACCUGGGAUGUGACUUGGCCAAGUCCCUUCCCUCUCGGUGGCUCGAUUCCUCAUCUGUAAAAGGGGACUAAUCACAGCACUUCCUCAUAGGGUUGUUGAGAGGAGUCAAUGGCAUAAUGUACGUAGCGUGGUUGGCACGAGGUCUGGUGUGGAGUGGGGCUCGGUGAAUGCUUCCCUCCAGCAUGGGGAGAGGUCCAGGCAUGACAUCCUCAGCCAAGUCUCCUGUAACCCAGGCUGCUGUCCUCUGUCCCUGCUGUUAAUGUGGAAGGAGGGGACUGAGGUCUCUGGAGCUGGCACAGGACCAGCACAUUGGCUGCAAAGAGCCCAGGUUCCCCACUCUGCCCCAGACUCCAGUAACUUUGGGCUAAUACCCAGUAUAGCCCUCCUCACGACAGCCAAAAUCCAGCCCAGCAUGGGGCCUCUCCCCUCCUUAAAUCCUGGAAAGGCUGCCCUUGGAACCCAAGCCUCUACCCAGGAAAGAAGCCUAAGGACUCGGGGGCAGGAACCAGGGGCUUGAGUCUACCUGCCCACUUAGCAAGAGGCCCAGUGAUGGGUCUCUCUAGGCAGGAACGCUUCCUCCUGGGUCCACCCACUGGGACACCCCCAGCGGAGGGCCUCUGCUCCCACCCACCCCAGUGCUCAUCUGCUUUAAGUCUGUGCCCCUACAUUCCUGGUAGAUGCCAAAACCAGCAUGCGCAUUGCAUGGGUGGGUGCGGGCAUGCCUGUGUGCCGCAUGGGUGCAGGAGGACCUGGCUGCAUGUCCUGUGUCAUGGGCUGGCUGCCUGAGCACGUUCAUGGAGACACGUGUGGCAUGUCUUGGAAUGGCAGGGACACGGUACCUUCUCGUGUUGGUGUGUAUCCGUAUGUCUUUCUACACAUGUGCUGGUACGUUGGUCUGUCUUGUCUCCCCUGUAGACGGGAAGCCCCGAACCACGGGCCAACUGGGAAGUUGAUGGUCGGCGAGACCAGCCCAUCCUAAUUUGGGGUUCCUGGUCCUGCUCCAGGAGUCCUACAGCCUGCAGCCCCUACCAGAGAGGGAGGACUGAACAGCAAGGGGGUGUGUGGGUCUGAGUAUCAGGGUCCUGGGGAAGAAGCAGGCCUGGCUCGUAGAGUAGAAGACUCGGUGCCGGCAGUCAGGAGGCCCUGCUCCUGAAGCCUCUGUGACCCUGGGCACGGCCUUCACUCUGUCUGGGGCACAUUCACUCAUCUGGAGAACACAGGGUUGGACUGAUUACUUUUAGCCACUCCUGACAGUUGUGGUUUUAAGUUGGGUGGUGGGAACCUGUGCACCAGCCCUAUUCAAUUCACUGGUGGAGGCAGCCGUGGCCUGCCAGGCCCUCGCUCCUGGGGUGUCCUGCCGAAGGGUGAGAAGAGAAGCCAUGCCGGGCAGCGGCCCCAGCGAGAGGAUGACGUGGCCUGGCCCGGCCCUUUCUGCGGGCCCCCCAACCCGCCCUCUCUCCUCAGCCCCCGGGAUACCGCCCAUCCCACCCCUUACUCGGACCCGCAGCCUCAUGGCCAUGUCCCUGCCAGGAAGUAGACGGACCUCUGCUGGAUCACGCAGCGGGGGCACUUUGGGCCGCAGCGGCCUGGCAGUGUUCGCCCAGUGUCCGCAGCUGCCCGCCAGCCAGAACGAGCACCUGCCUCUUCUUCCUGCCUCCAGGCGCACCUCUCCACCUGUGAGCGUGCGGGAUGCCUACGGCACCUCUUCGCUCAGCAGCAGCAGCAAUUCUGGCUCCUACAAGGGCAGUGACAGCAGUCCCACGCCAAGGCGCUCCAUGAAAUACACGCUCUGCAGUGACAACCAUGGCAUCAAGCCCCCGACCCCGGAGCAGUACCUGACCCCCCUGCAGCAGAAGGAGGUGUGCAUCCGGCACCUGAAAGCCCGGCUGAAGGACACGCAGGACCGGCUCCAGGACCGGGACACAGAGAUUGAUGACCUGAAGACGCAGCUGUCACGCAUGCAGGAGGACUGGAUCGAGGAGGAGUGCCACCGCGUGGAGGCCCAGCUGGCCCUGAAGGAGGCCCGAAAGGAGAUCAAGCAGCUCAAGCAGGUCAUCGACACUGUCAAGAACAACCUGAUUGACAAGGACAAGGGGCUGCAGAAGUACUUCGUGGACAUCAACAUCCAGAACAAGAAGCUGGAGACGCUGCUGCACAGCAUGGAGGUGGCCCAGAAUGGCAUGGCCAAGGAGGAUGGCACUGGGGAGUCAGCCGGUGGGUCCCCUGCCCGCUCCCUCACCCGCAGCUCCACCUACACCAAGCUGAGUGACCCGGCUGUCUGUGGUGACCGCCAGCCGGGUGAUCCCUCCAGCGGCUCUGCUGAGGAUGGGGCAGACAGUGGCUUUGCAGCAGCCGAUGACACACUGAGCCGGACGGACGCGCUGGAGGCCAGCAGCCUGCUGUCGUCGGGGGUGGACUGUGGCACCGAGGAGACCUCGCUGCACAGCUCCUUUGGCCUGGGCCCCCGCUUCCCUGCCAGCAACACCUAUGAGAAGCUGCUGUGUGGCAUGGAGGCCGGUGUGCAGGCCAGCUGCAUGCAGGAGCGUGCCAUCCAGACAGACUUCGUGCAGUACCAGCCUGACCUUGACACCAUCCUGGAGAAAGUGACCCAGGCCCAGGUCUGUGGGACAGACCCUGAGUCAGGGGACAGGUGCCCAGAGCUGGAUGCCCACCCUUCAGGGCCCAGAGACCCCAACUCAGCAGUGGUGGUGACAGUGGGUGAUGAGCUAGAGGCCCCAGAGCCCAUCACCCGUGGACCCACCCCACAGCGGCCUGGUGCCAACCCCAACCCUGGCCAGUCGGUGAGCGUGGUGUGCCCCAUGGAGGAGGAGGAGGAGGCUGCCGUGGCUGAGAAGGAGCCCAAGAGCUACUGGAGCCGCCACUACAUCGUGGAUCUGCUGGCUGUGGUGGUGCCGGCCGUGCCCACGGUGGCCUGGCUUUGCCGCUCCCAGCGGCGCCAGGGCCAGCCCAUCUACAACAUCAGCUCCCUGCUGCGGGGCUGCUGCACUGUGGCCUUGCACUCCAUCCGCAGGAUCAGCUGCCGCUCGCUGAGCCAGCCGAGUCCCAGCCCAGCGGGCGGCGGCUCCCAGCUCUGAGGGGGCCCAUUCCGGCAGCGGCGCCUGCGGCCUGACCACUGAUUGUAGGGAUGCCGUUCCCCCCUCCCUUCUCCCAUGGGCAUCAUCUUAUUUAUUUAGUUUUGGGUGUGGAACUGUUUCUUUUUUUCAAGAUGUUAAAACAGUCUCGUGGAAGGAGCAGGGGUUGGAGAAAGGCAUCCCAAAGCUUCGAUGGAGAGCAGGGAAGGGGGACCCAAGGCAGGAGGUACACCAGCUGGACAAAUUGCAGGGAGGGGAGGGAGCGAGGGCCAACCCGGCCCCUCUGUCCCCUUGGCUCUUCAGACAGGGCCAGCCCUGCUCAGGAAGUCUCUGGCUGUCUUCAUGUGGGGAAGCCGGGCUUGAGUUGCCCAUAGGCCCCUGCCCUGCACCAUCCUGUCCAGUGCCCUGCUCACUCCAUGCCGUCUCUUCCAAGCCACCUUGCCCGCAGCCCAGGCUCCUGGGCCAGUGCUCUCUCCUCAAAUGGAGGCAGCCAUGGCCUGAAGUGCAGAUCACUGACCCAGGGCUCAGAGCAGAGGCCAGAACCACUGGGCCGGCCGGCAUUGCAGCCUACCCAGACUGCUCCCCACCUUGGGACUCAGGAGCUCAGUCAAGGCCACAGGCUGGAGGAGAGACGGGGCUGGGCGCAAGGUGGCGGAGGGCAGUGUGGGUUCUGUGUCUGUCUGUUCAUCCCAGGCUUUCCCGUCAUCCCUUUCCUCUUGGCACUUCUGGGUGUGUCAGUCAUUAUUCCUGUGAGGUAGCUAAGCCCGGCAAGCUCAGUGCUGGGGUAGGAGGGCCUGCCUGAGUCCCAGCUCCCAGCUGGAGAAUCCACCAGCACAAGAAGAGGAGGCAGGGGCAGAAACCCAAGGGGGCUCCCCCAGCCUUCCAAGGUGAGGCCAUCUCAUCUGCAGGCUGGGAGGCAGGGCUGGACUCAGGAACCCACAGCUUACUGAAAAAGCCAGAGGCCAUGACUGCCCCCAGAAACUUGCCCCGAGUUUCUCUGGGGCCCUCGGGCCCAACUUCUGCUUUGCACUAUGUUCACUUUGGGGUUGGUUCUCAGCCAUCCAAGGGUCUCCAGUGAGGUGGCUGCUUGCUGUCUGAGAUGAGGGUUCCUAAACCUUAAACCUCCCUGCCUCUGGAGGAGGGUGGGGGAUUCUGGCAGGAUGAAUCGCAGGAUGGCGCAUACUGAAGCCACGAUGUUCAUCCAGGCCAAAGCAGGGUGUCCUGGGAUAGGUUUCCUAGGCAGGGGUGUGGCAGAGCAGGUGGGCGCCCUGCAGCCUCCCUGCUCCCAGCCCAAGGCCAGUCGGCCUGGGAAGUUCACUGCCCCAACUCUUUUCCCGGGACCAUACUGAGUCCCCCAGCCACGCUGCUGACAUUCUUAUUACCAUUAGUAUUUUACCAAGUAAACUCACUCCUCUUCCCCCACAGGGGUUACACCCAUCUGGUUGUCCCACCCACUCUUCAGAGGCUAGGCCCCACCUCUGGGGGCUUGGAGGGACCCUGUGUCUUACUCGCCCCUCUGGCCUAAGGGCCACUCUGGUUAUCUGCCAAGGUUGCUUGCCCUCACCCCAAUGCUCCAACAGCCAUUGCCUAACUCAUGGGCUCUGCCCUUCUGCUCGGUGCCCUCCACGUGAGGCGGGGCACCUGCAUGCACUGGGAGGGGGCGGCUGGCCCAGCCCUCGGGGCAGGAGCCCCCUCUGCCACACGCUUUGUGCCUCCAAAGCUCCCCCCGCCUUGGUCAGGGCCUCAGACCAGCCAACCUUUGUGGAAUAAGCCCCAGCCCAGCCAAACCAAACCCAGAUGCCUGAGGCCUGGCUGGGGCUGCCCCCGCAGGACACUGUGGCCAUGCCACGGAGGGGGCAGUGGACAAAACCAAUCCAAAGCCAAGCCGGGACUGGCUGCGGACCCAGCCUCCUGUGCCGCGCACUCACGGAGCUGCGUAGUCUCCUUAGACAUAGUCAAAGCUUUGCCGAGAAAAGAAAUGUAUGAACUAUAUUUGACAACAUAAAAUCUCUCUAUUUUUCACCACUGGAAUUUAGUCAAGCUUCAAGCCCCUCUGCUCCUGUCUGUGUCUUGCGUCUGUGGCCUUCCUAUUGUGUCUUGUGUUUUGGUGGAUGUGACAGGGCUGGGGCCACAGUCUACUCUGUCUCUGCUGCUAGAGAAGCCACCUGUGGAGGACUGGGCUGUGGUUGGGCCUGAGGCCUGUGGAGGAGGUGAGUGUAGCCAGCAGCAGCCGUCUACUCCUGUUCUGGCCUGAGACCACCGGUGUGGGUCACGAGGGCCCUGGCCCACAGUGUUGAGGGUCCUCUCUUUCGGGGGUUCUCCUGGGGCCUUCGAUGGGCUUUUCUUCUUGUCAGUGGAGGGAGCAGCUCCCCACUCAGCCCUGGGACAGGCCCUGGGACUGUGGUGGCCGGUGGCCCUGGCCCAGCUCUGGAGUGCAUGUGUGUGUGCUCAGAUCCUGCAUCUAUGCAAAGGUGCAGGCUGCCUGUGAGGCUCCAGGCGGUGGAGGUGCGGCAGCUGCUGCUCAGGUGCCAUGCCCUGAAGAGGCAGGGCACACAUGGGGCUGGGAGGGCAAAGAUGGGGCGGGGCCUCCCCCUGAGAGAGCUCACCCUCCACAGCGACCCUUUUCCUUCCUGCCUAAUACCUCCUCCCGUUGGGCUGCGACCUUUUCCUCCUGCCCUCAGCCUCUGAAACGGAAAUCUUUGGGGCCUCCCCUUUCCCCAGCGUCUGGCAAGAGCCGAUGAGGUCCUGAGGAACAGUGUCCCCAGGAACCACCUUCUGGAGCCUAGCGGCCAGACGUGGCUUCUCCUGAGUUCUAGGGCUCGGGCCAGAGUGGCACUACUGCCCGGCCAGUCCAGGCUCAGGCAGGAAUUGGACGCUGGGGCCCGGGCUCUGCACAGAGAGCUGGGCUUGAGUGGAGUUUAUUGUAGAUUUCUCCCAAGGGGAUCACUUAGCUUCUCACUGACACACCCUUCCCAAUUGCCACAAGCGCAGGGGUAUCUUACAGCACUUUGCGGAGGGGUGGGACAAACUGCAAGGUUCUGGGGCCAAGGCCUACCCAGGGGCCUCUGCCCAGAGAACUCACAACCCCCUCUCUGACCUAGGGGACAAUGCAAACGGGUCACAGUGCAUUCCCAUAUUAGGCCAUCCCCUUCACGAAGAAUUCAGGGGAUGUGGGAAGUGGGGAGGCGGGGAGGGAUCUUGACUCUUGUCUCCUUUGUCCUUUUGUUCAGACAGAGUUGUACCUGCAGCAGACAACUCUGAAUUAAAGCAUGAAAACACAGCAA